GGAAGGAAGAGACUUCCCUGCCUUUUGGCUUCAGAGCUGCUGCUGCAGUGUGUGUGUGUUUCUCUCUAUGCAGCAUUGUGUGAUUUAAUACUCCUGCAAAAAAAGGGAACAGGGAAGCGUGCAGGGGAAGCAGGAAAGCUCUCUGGUUAACUGCUUUAAGAGGAAAAAGACAACAGUGGAGAAAACAUCCAAGUAACAAGUGAAGAAAACAGUAUAAAUUGAAACAUGAGCACGGAGACCAGCCAGGGGGUAAUCACAACCCCUCCACCACCCAGCAUGCCUCACAAAGAGAGAUAUUUUGACCGCAUCAAUGAAAAUGACCCUGACUACAUCCGUGAAAGAAAUAUGUCUCCUGACCUCCGGCAAGACUUCAACAUGAUGGAACAAAGGAAGAGAGUCACACAGAUACUGCAGAGUCCCGCUUUUCGGGAGGACUUGGAAUCGCUUAUACAAGAGCAGAUGAAGAAAGGCAAUAACCCAAGUGGAUUGCUUGCCUUGCAGCAAAUUGCUGACUAUAUUAUGGCAAGCUCUUUUGCAGGAUUUUCCUCCUCCCCUCUAAGUACUGGACUGAUCACAGCCAUCAAUGACCUAGCUGGGAUCGAUACCACUGCAUUUGUUAAAGGAGAAAAACUUAUUCGUUGUAAAUUAGCCAGUUUGUAUAGGGUGACAGAUUUGUUUGGAUGGGCACACUUGCCAAAUUCAUAUAUUACUGUAAGAGUAAGCAAAGAACAUGAUCACAUCCUUAUCAUUCCAAGAGGCCUAUCAUUUUCUGAAGCUUCUGCUUCCAAUUUGGUAAAAGUAAACAUCAUAGGAGAAGUGGUUGACCAGGGAAGCACCAAUCUAAGCAUUGACAGUGCAGGAUUCAGCCCUCACGCAGCUAUCUACUCCAUGCGCCCUGAUGUGCGAUGCGUGAUCCACAUACACACUCCAGCAACAGCAGCUGUUUCUUCCAUGAAGUGUGGCAUUCUACCCAUCUCUCAGGAGGCUCUUAUUUUGGGGGACAUUGCCUACUACAAUUAUCAAGGAUCUCUAGAUGAACAAGAAGAGCGAAUUCAACUCCAGAAAGUUAUUGGGCCAAGCUGUAAGGUGCUGGUCUUGAGAAACCAUGGGGUAGUUGCACUGGGAGAAACAUUAGAAGAAGCCUUCCACUACAUCUAUAAUGUGCAAUUAGCUUGUGAAACACAGGUACAUGCCUUGGCUGCAGGCGGCAUAGACAAUCUUCUUACUCUAGACUUGCAGAAGUAUAAACCAGUCACACACUUUGUGGCAACAGAAAUAGGAGUUAACAUGGCCUCUCAGGUGAAAUGGAAAGUCGGGGAACUCGAGUUUGAAGCGCUGAUGAGGAUGCUGGACAACCUGGGUUACAGAACAGGCUAUGCUUAUCGGCAACCCUUAGUAAGGGAAAAACCAAGGCACAAAAGUGAUGUUGAGAUCCCAGCCACCGUGACUGCCUUCUCCUUUGAAGAUGAUUCUAUCCCAAUUUCCCCUCUCAAAUUCUUAGCACAAAAACAGCAGCGGGAGAAGACAAGGUGGUUAAACUCCCCAAAUACAUAUUUGAAAGUGGAUGUUCCCGAAGAAUCCCGGAAUGGUGAAACAAGUCCCCGGACUAAAACCACAUGGAUAAAAGCUGAAGAUUCAUCUAAAAUUACUGGAGGGACCCCAAUCAAAAUUGAAGAUCCAAACCAGUUUGUCCCUAUGAAUACAAACCCAAGCGAUGUAUUACAAAAGAGGAAUAAGAUUCGGGAGCAGAAUCGGUUUGACUUAAAGACUGCAGGCCCACAGUCUCAGUUGCUUGCUGGGAUUGUGGUGGAUAAAAAGCCUAGUGCUCCCAUGCAGUUUGAAGAAGAUGAGCAUGCCCCACCAGCCCCUCCCAACCCAUUCAGCCAUCUCACAGAAAAGGAACUGGAAGAGUACAAAAAGACAAUUGAACGCAAACAACAAGGGAUAGAGGAUGCUGAUCAGGAAAUUUUCUCAGAUGGCGGGUCAUCUGUUUCACAAAUUAACUCUCAAACUCAGUCCCCACAAAAUGUCCCUGACAAAUUAGAAGAAAAUGAUGAUUACCUACAGGAUGCUAACCUCAUCUCUAUGGAUCUCCCAGUUGUGAUGAAUGGCAAAGAAGAUGCACACGAUGUAGAAGAGGAUCUUGCACAGAGGGUCAGCCAGUUAACUACUGCUGUAGAGAACGUAGAGAUUACAAUUAAGACAUCUGAAAAGAUUGAGGAGGCCCUUUCUCCUGAAGGCUCUCCUUCCAAAUCGCCUUCCAAGAAGAAGAAGAAAUUCCGUACUCCAUCGUUCCUAAAAAAGAACAAAAAGAAGGAGAAGGUGGAAGCCUGAGGCUACCUGGUACAAUUCAAAUCCACAUUUUAGUCAGCCAUUAACAUGGUCAAGUUAGGUAGGGUUAUGCGGGAAACUGGGCCUUAACCUAAGUACAGAACUGGAAAAAAUAGAAUCAGUUUUUUCUGUUAAUUAAGCAAAGAUUUCAUCUCUUAAUUAGUAUGAGGGUUUGAAAUAUUGAAUAGUUCCACCACAAAUUAACACUGGCAGGUGUUCCAAGAUAGCACUAUAGUUAUUUCAAAUACCCUUAUGGUAUCAAGUUAUACAUGAAGAUUUCUCCCAACUAGAAGUAUCUUCAGCACAGUUUCACUAAGGUAGCUGUUGAGUUAUCUGAUAAUGUUUGUUUGUUUUAAUCUACUGCCUCACUGUGUAAUUGGAUGAGACUUCUUUGUAUUGUGAUCUUGACCAUCGCGUUUGUGUCGUCCCUGCCUCAGAGGGUGCCUCUCACCACAUCUUUUCAAAGAGUAAGGUCAUUUAUUAUACACUGGCACAUAAUAUUAGAGGGGAAAACCUGUAAAAGGAAUUGCAUAUGGAAUUUUACAGACUCUGUAAAGAUUGCAUUCAUCAACAAUAACUUUUGCCAAAUAUUUCAUUUUAGUAAGAUAUAAUUUUUUGAAAACUUUUUUUAUUCUAUCAGUUGGGGGAGGGGCAGGGAGAAAGCCCUUAUUUUUCAAUAAAGGGGAUUUUAUACGCUUAACAUUGAUAACUUAGUUUAACUAUGGCAAAACAGAAAAAAGAAUUUUAUAUGUUGAGAUUUUGUAUACCACUCAGUAUAAAGUAUUAUAGGCAUGUAAAACCAAGCAUUUAACAGUAGAACGUAUUCAAGGAUGCUUGGUGUAGAGUAUACUUAAAUAUAAUUCAGGAAUCCAGAGCCUCUGAUACCAGAUGUUGAAAACUUAUAAAUUUAAAUGGGUUCAGGUUUAAAUCUUACUAUAUUUUUUUCCUCAUGGUAUUGCUAUCAAAUGAAGAAAAAUAAUCUCUUUAACAUAUGGCAUGUGCCGGCUUCAUUUUGGCCUUUCUAGGUUAUUCUUGCCACAAGUCCAGAUAAAAUCUCAAGACAGAGUCUUGGAGACUUGAUGGUUAAGUUGAAACCACAAUGAGUUUUUCUGCUCUUUGUUUUGAGACUUUUCGUUCCAGGUCUUGUGUCAUCUUAGGAGACAUAAGGCUGGCAUUCAACUCACAGAAUGUCAUGCCCGUAAUGUGACGUGUUGUGUUGCUGAUGAGCAACACAUAACUGACCACACUCAGGUCAGUAACACCUCAACACGCUUGUGAUUCUUGUGGAACCGCAUUCUGGAGGCCACUUUACGUGGCAACAAUCCCACUAGCAGGGAGAAGAAUAGUGUUGUUCAGUUGGCACUAUGUAACUGUUUGGGUGCAGCGGAAAUGCGCUAUUUCCCCACGACAGAUGUGCUUCUUUAAAUGGAGUCAGGAUCCAAUGUAGUGAAGUUAGAAACAACCGAAUACAUGUUGCACUAUUGACUAGAAGGGCCCACAACCAAAUGAAGGAGACAAAACUGAAAAAAAGGGAAAGUGAAAUGAAUGACUAAAGAGAAGGCGUUAAUGAGAGUGGUCGCUUGUGGAUUAUUUUUCAUAAAAUAUAUGGUAUGGAUUUGGGGGUAUUUUUUAUUAAAAAUUUAUGGAACGACAAGUUUCAUAUUUUUAAAAUUAUAAAGUAAUGUCUAGCAGCGUCCCUUUUAGGAGAUUGUAAUAGGGUCAUUUAAAUCUGAGUUUUGCCUUCUCACCGAAUCUUAGAACCAAUUAGCGUAGCACUGUAGGUGCCGAUCUUACCACUUGCUCCUUUGUAAUUGUAGUUUUAUUUUUCUUUGGACUUCUUGCAAAACACAAAAAAGGAACCUUGUAAAUACACACUAAAACAUGGAAAAUAACAGGAGGGCCUUUGAACUGCCCUUCUACAUCAAUAGCCAGAAAAGCCAAAUACAUCUCAAAUAUCAAUGUGACUUCCAGAUUGCCAGUUGAAAUAUAUACCGUAUAUAGAUUGUUAAAUAUGGCUGGGGGGUGGUUUGGCAUGCCAAAAAAUGACUAUAGCAUGUUACAGGCUGGUUUAGCUUUGACUGUGUAAGUGUGACAAUGCAGCACCGGAGUGACUCUGGAAAUGAUAUUCUAGAUAUCUCAAAAUACUGGAAUCAGUGUGUUCUUUUUAAAAAGAAAAUUAGUGGGAAUUUCUAAGUUGCUUCAUUUUGUUUUGUGUUCUACAUUUUUUUUGUGUUGUAUUACAACAUAUGUAGAAACAGUAACCUGUGAACUAUGCUUUUCAUAACUUUUAAAAAAUAUAUCUAAAUGAAUGCAAUGUGCAUAAAUAUUUUUUAAAAAAUGCAACCGUGAACUAUUUGCACCUUUUUUUGCUAAUGCCUCUAUUUACUUGCUUUGGCAUAAAGAAUGAGCCAGCCAACUCUUGUGUCCUGUGGAAAAAGAUAUAUAAAUGUCGUUGGAAAUUGCUCAUAGAUGUAAUGCUAAUUAAUGUUAAAUCACAAAUAAACAGUAUUUUAAAUAGA